GACACAUAAACACACACACAUGUACAUCCGAGUACACACAAAUGUGUGUUGUAUUGGAUUUUUUUCUCGACGAAGAACAUUUCGGAUUGCUGCACUUUUCGGGAUUUCGGCUUCGAAUUGAAUGUCCAAAAUGAACGAGGGGAGCCAGUACUCCAUUCACACGGUGUGUCGGACAUGUCUAUCCACCCUAGACAACACGGCUGCCUACGAUCUGUUUCGGGUACCCGGUUUGGCCAAAAAGCUGUGCGUGUGCACCUCAUUAUCAGUGGAGCAGGCGGAUGGCUUUCCCAAGAACCUCUGCACUAUCUGCUACUCCAAGCUGAACGACCUGGCCGACUUCCAGAAGCAGUGCGUCGAUUCGGUCCAAAAGUUCCAGGAUCUGGUGGCCAGCAACGCCUUCACCUGCGCAACCAGUUUCGAUGUCCUGGACACCAGUGCCCCCGUAGCGGAUCUGCCGGGUGAGGAGGAGGACAACGUACACUUUGAUCCGCUGCUCAACUCCAAGAUCGAGAUCAUCGAGAACGAGGAGGAUGUCUUCAAGAUGCUGGAGUCCGUGGAAAAGGAAGUCGAGGAGGUGGAAAUGGAGAUGGAGCAGCCGUUUGCCGACGAAUCGCAGGACGAUUCCUUCGAGAGCGGCAACGAUAAUGACCAGGACGCGGACUUUCAGCUAAACAGCAGCGACGACGACAUUCCGCUGGCCCAGCGCAGUAGACGCGGCGCCGCCCGUGGAUCCAAGUCGAAGGCCAAAUCGAAGGCGUCAGCCAAGCGGCAGGAGGAGGAGGAGUCCGAGGAAUCGAGCUCCUCGGAGGACUCCGAUGGCAACCCCAAGGAUAAGCCGAAGCGCAAGAGGAUUCCAGCCACCGAGCGGGAUCGCCACCGGCUGAUUGACUGCCACAUCUGUCACCAGAAGUUCAAGAAGGCCAUCCGCUACGAGGAGCACAUGAAGCAUCACAACGACCUGCUACCCUUCCAGUGUACCGUGGAGAGCUGCCGGAAAGGCUUUACCACCGCCAACGGAUUGCGUGUUCAUGUGGAGCACGCCCACACAGAGACCUCGGCCAUGCACCCGUGCACCUACGAGGGCUGCAACAAGACGUUCGCCCGCCCCGUGCUGCUCAGCUUCCACAUGAAGCGGGUGCACAAGGUGGACACUCCGCAGCGGGACUUCCCCUGCACGGAGUGUGAGAAGGUCUUCCGCUGCCCGACGGCACUCAAGAAGCACAUGUACAAGCACACCGGCGAGGAGCUGCCCUUCGCCUGCGAGAUCUGCGGCAAGCGAUUCCCGAUCAACAGUGUGCUUCGCGACCAUCUGCUGCGGCAUGCGGGCAUCAAGAACCAUGUGUGUCCGUACUGCGGAGUGGGCAAGACGACGCGCCAGGAGUGGAACAAGCACAUCCUGACCCACACCAAGGAGAAGAAGUACGAGUGCCGGCAGUGCGACCACGCCUCCCACAACAAACAGGCGUUGGCCAAUCACGUCAAGGUGGUGCACGAGAAGCGCAAGGAUUUCGCGUGCCAGUACUGCGGCAAGACCUUCGGCAAGUCGCACGCCUGCAAGAUUCACGAGCGGAGCCACACGGGAGAGAAGUGCUGCGAGUGCAAGAUCUGCGGCAAGGUGUUCCUCUUCGAGAAGGGCCUGACCAAGCACUUGAAGACGCACGAGAAGCGCGAUCUGCCCAAGACGCAGGGCGUCAAUCCCCUGAUCGGUGGUGAUGGGGCCAGUGGUUCCGCGACGAUUGCCAAGCCCAGUCCACAUCUGCGCGGUCGCGUCGAGCGUGUGGACAUUGCCCAGUUGGCGGGCACGGUGGCCAAUCCAAUACCAUCGGUGAAUCUGCCUUCCUGGUCGCCCCAAGUUAACUUCACCAAGAAGGAGGGUCAGCACAUCUGUCCCGAUUGCGGCAAGGGCUUUAACCACGUGAGCAACAUGAAGCUGCACUACAAGGUGGUGCACCAGAAGGUGAAGGACUUCUGCUGCCGCUUCUGUCCAAAGAGGUUCGCCAAGAAGCAGUACCUGCGGCAUCACGAGUACAUUCACACCGGCGAAAAGCCGUACGAGUGCAAGGUGUGCGGCAAGCACUUCCGCCAGGAGCAGGUGCUCAAGACACACAUGAAGGUGCACGACAAGCCGCCGCGUCCACCGGGCAAGCCCAAGGAGCCGGCGGGACCGAAGACGGAGACGACCACGGUGAAGCGCCAGCAGCCGAAGAACUUUGAGCAGUACCAGGAUCCGGCCGCGGAACGGGCGGCGGCUACUGCAGAACUGCUGGCCUACCAAAUCGAGGAGAACGAGGCAAAGAGGAAGGCGGAGGCCGAGCUCAGGAAGAUCCAGGAAGCGGCCUUCGAGCAGCUGAAUAAGCUGCAAAAGCAGACGAACACGUACGACGGCUUCUACGCUCAGAAAGCGGAAGCGGAGGGCACUUCAGUGGAUGCCCUGAAGCUGGACCAUGUCUGAGCGGCAGGAUAAACCGGAUAUACCUGCUACCUAACCCGUAGCCGCAUCCCGAUCCCUUUCAUUAUGUGUUUCUAUGAAGGACAUAUGAGUUAUAGGUCUUUAAGGUUUACCAACUAGUUUACGUCACUUUGCGAGCAUGUUUUUACUAUUUUGUAUUUAAACUUCCCCCUCUCAGCUGCUUAAGUUUGUACUUUACUAAUUGUAUUCAUUUAUAACUGAUUUUAAUGAUUUAACUAUAAUAAACAGUAAUAAGCAUUCAAA